UGUAGCCAGCCCCACCUUCGGUGUCUCCUGGAGUCUUGGGGAUGGAAAGGGAAACAGACGCUCCAGGACCAGUUUCCUGAAGCUCCAGGCUAUCCAGGUGUUCUGUGGGGAGCAGCCCAGGAACCAGAGGCAGACACCAUGGCUCAAGGCGGCGCCGUGGCAGGGUUGGAGUUGUCCGCCACAGACUUCCAGAGCUCCUGGAACAACAGGUGGCACCACACGGAGGAGAUCAGCUCGGAGCGCCUCCUCGUUCGCCGGGGCCAGGCUUUCUAUAUCACUCUGUACUUCAGGAACCGGGGCUUCCAACCUGGCCUGGACAACAUUAUCUUUGUGGUUGAGACUGGACUGCUGCCAGACCUGGCUAAGGGGACUCGGGCUGUGUUCAGCAUGGCAGGUGGUGGCGGUCCCAGCCUUUGGAAGGCCUCGCUGGAGACCAACAGGGCCGCCUCCCUGGACGUGAGCCUGUGUGCUCCUCCCAUGGCAGCCGUGGGGCGGUACCUCUUGAAGGUUCACAUUGACUCCUUCCAGGGGUCUGUCACAGCCUACCAGCUCGGGGAGUUCAUUCUGCUCUUCAAUCCAUGGUGCCCAGGGGACGCCGUCUACUUGGACAGUGAGCCCCAGAGGCAGGAGUACGUCAUGAAUGAUUAUGGCUUCAUCUACCAAGGGAACAAGACCUGGGUGCGCCCUUGCCCCUGGAACUACGGGCAGUUUGAAGAGAAUAUCAUAGACAUCUGCCUGGAGCUGCUAGACAAGAGCCUGAAUUUCCAGGUUGACCCAGCCACGGACUGUGCCCUACGGGGAAGCCCCGUCUACAUCAGCAGAGUGGUAUCCGCCAUGAUCAACAGCAAUGAUGACAGUGGGGUGCUCAAUGGAAAAUGGAGUGAGGAUUACUUAGAUGGCAUCAACCCUGCAGAGUGGACCGGCAGUGUGGCCAUCCUGAGGCAGUGGCACGCCACGGGCUGCCAGCCAGUGUGCUACGGGCAGUGCUGGGUCUUUGCAGCCGUCAUGUGCACAGUGAUGAGGUGCCUGGGGAUCCCCACCCGCGUGAUCACCAACUUUGACUCUGGCCAUGACACAGACGGAAACCUAAUCAUAGAUGAGUAUUAUGACAACACGGGCAGGAUUUUGGAGAAUAAGAAGGAUGCUGUGUGGAAUUUCCACGUCUGGAAUGAGUGUUGGAUGGCCCGAAAGGACCUCCCUCCCGGGUAUGGAGGCUGGCAGGUGCUGGAUGCCACACCUCAGGAGACGAGCAAUGGCCUCUACUGCUGCGGCCCUGCCUCCGUCAGAGCCAUCAAAGAGGGAGAGGUGGAUCUGAACUAUGACACGGCCUUUGUCUUUUCCAUGGUGAAUGCUGACUGUGUGUGCUGGCUUGUCCAUGGAGGGAAAGAGCAGAGACUUUACCGGGACACGAAUUCCGUUGGCAAUUUUAUUAGCACCAAGAGCAUCCAGAGUGAUGAUCGGGAUGACAUUACAGAGAACUACAAGUACGAAGAAGGUUCCCCCCAGGAGAGGCAGGUGUUUCUGAAGGCUCUUCAGAAGCUGAAGAUUGAAAGGUUCGAAGGCCCCUACCGAGCAAACUCACCAUCUUCCAAGCCCAUGCCUCUGAGCCAGAAUAGGCCCCGGAGCCUACAUAGGCCUUCCCUGCGGCCCAGUGAUGUUAUCCAGGUCUCCCUGAAAUUCCAGCUGCUCGACCCGCCCAACAUGGGCCAGGACAUAAGGUUUGUCCUGCUGGCCCUCAACAUGUCGCUCCAGUUCAAGGAUCUGAAAGUGAGCCUGAGCGCUCAGUCUCUGCUGCAUGAUGGCAGCCCCCUGCCUCCGUUUUGGCAGGACAUAGCCUUCAUCACCCUCUCUCCUGAAGAAGCAAAGACCCAUCCCUGCCAAAUCCCCUAUUCCAAGUACAGCCAGUAUCUGUCAACAGACAAGCUGAUCCACAUCAGUGCCCUGGGAGAAGAGAAGAGCAGUCCAGAGAAGAUCCUGGUGGACAAGAUCAUCACCUUAACCUGUCCCGCUAUCAUGAUUAAUGUUCUAGGAGCAGCCAUUGUGAAUCAGCCGCUCUCCAUACAGGUGAUAUUUUCAAACCCCCUCUCGGAGCAGGUUGAAGACUGUGUGCUAACUGUGGAAGGAAGCGGUCUCUUCAAGAAACAGCAGAGAGUCUUGAUUGGAGUCUUCAAACCCCAACACAGGGCCAGCAUCACUCUAAAGACUGUCCCCUUCAAGAGUGGCCAAAGGCAGAUCCAAGCUAAUCUAAGGAGCAACAAGUUUAAGGACGUCAAGGGUUACAGGAACGUCUAUGUUGACUUGAUGUUAUAAAUUCUAGGACAAGGAGAUAGAUGCACUGAUUUUAAGCUUCAGGAAAGGCAGCAAAUUCAAAUGCAAGCUGUAUAAUUCCCCACCACACCAGAGGCUUUGCAGGGCUCUUACGUGAGCAGCAGAGGAGAUACCAGUGACGGAUAGUCCCCUAGACCAUUUGCACAGUAAACCCAGGACUCUGUUUAGGGCCCAGAGAUUCUGUGGUGUCCUAUCCAUAAGUGUGAAAUGGCACAGAGGUCCAAUGACACUGGUUGGAGUUGGCCAUGGCUUAUUGCUCCCCAAGAUGUCAAGAAACGAAGACUGGCUGAGCAUUUCAUGGUCAUUUUGCCAUUGCAUAGCUAAUUUCCUAAUACAAUAAACUCCAGUCCUGUUUUCAUCUCCUUUGUGCCCAUGUAAUCACCAUUUUCCCUACAGUAGCUCCUACUUGUUCCCUGGAUGCUAGGAGUGUCCUAUUGUUUCAAUACCUGAACCUAUUCAGUUAUUCAAGAAAUAUUUACUGAGUGCCUAGUAUGUACCAGGCACUGUUUUAAGUGUUGAAGAUAAGGCAGUAAACAAAGCUCCCCGCCCCUAGGGAGCUUACAUUGAGUGGGAGGGUGGGGGAAACACAGACAAUAAAUGUGUCAACAAAUAAGGAAGGUACUUACAUACUCGUAUAUGUAUCAGUCAUGAUCCAGUUAGGAAAACAAAAACCUUUGUAGAUGUUUCUACAUACUACCUGCCAUUUUGUGUCUUAGAAAAAAGCCUGGGAGAUCUCUCACUUGGCCUUCAUUUAAAUCCCUUCCCCUAUCACAUCGAAGAGGAACUUGAGUUCUAACAGUUCCAGCCUUUUGGCUCCAAGUCCACCGGUGCAUUGUGGUCCUGGAUGGACCUGCGAUGGCUGGCGUUCAGGGGAUAAAGCCAAUGACUAACGCAGUGAGGUCGAUUUUUCAGAGGCAAUGAAGUACUCUCAGAUCUUUCUAUUGGUUGCAGCUUAUGUUUAAUGGUCCUACUGAACACAAGGGAACUCCAGUCAUUAUCUCCUCUCGGACGCACGUGUUUCUUAUGGCGCUGCAAAGUUCUGCAUGGAGAAAGACAUGAUUCACUUGCCCACCAGGCACUGGCUAUGUGACUGAGACAGCUGAUUAGGGCAUACAUUAAAUGCACACACAUUAAGUAAAUAAGUUAAAUGCUUCUAUUAUAUAUCAACAAGAGGGUAAGCGUAGUUAAUCAGAGGGAGAGAAGAGGGUGUGGUGGGAAUUCCCUCCACAUUGAGUGUAGAGUAGAACCCCUAGUGGAUGGGCUGAGAACCAGGAGAACCCUGGCAGCAGGGAGCUGGAAGUACCUAUAUAGUAGUCCCUAUUUAUGUGUGGGGGAUGCGUUCCGAGACCCCCAGUGGAUGCCUAAAUCGACGGAUAAUACCAAACCCUAUAUAUACUAUGUUUUUUCCUGUACAUGCCUAUGAUAAAGUUUAAUUUAUAAAUUAGGCACAUGAAGAGAUUAACAACACAAUAUAAAAUAGAACA